CGAUCGCCGAAAACUCAUUUCGCUCGUACCAGUCGCUUGUGCCUCACGACGGACGCACCGGACCGCAGGGCGAAAAGGUGCUCGGCCUCCAGGAUAUUGGCGUAUGGUCCCAUGCAAUUGGGCCUUUCUACAUGUGUGUGUGUACGGGUGUGCUAGUGAGGGGUCGUGUAACUGAAUUAAUGUGCAUCUGUGUCUAUGUGUCUGUGCCCGACGGUGUGUGAGAGCAGUUUUACCAUAAGUGGGUGUAGUGGGCAAGCAGGAUAACACUGCAAGGACUUCUGUUGAAUCCCAUCAUUUCGUUGCUCCAGUGUAGUUCGCAUUUUCGGGCGGCUUUUCAUACCACAUUACAACCAUUCCCAUCAAAAUCACCGUGCCCACCCCGUGCUAGGGCAUCGAGGACGGUUUGCCAGUGCUUUUGUCUGCUGCAUCAGCAUUACGUGUCGCGAACGCCGCCGGGCUGGUGAAUAAACUUAGUGUGGCUAGCGGAUUUUAACCAAACUAAGCGGAACAACGGUGUGUGUGUGUCUGUGUGUGUGAAAACUGGAUACCUGUGUGUUAAUACAGAAAACGGGGCCGAUUUGACAGCGUCUGUGUCUCCGACCGGUCAGCAUCGUUUGGCGAAGUGUGGCAAGUGUCGGCAGAAAGGGAUUUGUUUUUCCCCAAAAAAAAUUGGUUUUACUCUUCUUCUUCCUGCACCACCGCCAGUGGCUGCACUUUUUCGCUCGACGCCCGCUCGAGGGAGACUGUGGCGCUCUGUUCAGUGCCAGUAGUUUAUUAGAAAGUAAUACGGCGGAAGCUAGCAGUUAAAGCCACCGAAACACGAUGGAGCUUAUCACAAAUGUACACCAGGGCUGGCGGUACCUGAUGGACGAGCUGUCCGAUCCGCGGACGCGCGACUGGCCCCUGAUGAGCUCACCCUUUCCCACCAUCGGUAUCAGUCUGUGCUAUGCUUAUUGCGUUAAGGUCUUAGGUCCCCGGCUAAUGGAAAACAGGAAACCCUUCGAGCUGCGCAAGGUGCUGAUCGUGUACAACUUCCUGCAAGUGCUCUUCAGUACGUGGCUGUUCUACGAGGCAUGCGUUUCCGGCUGGCUCGCCGGGUACAGUCUGCGCUGUCAACCGGUUGACUACUCCCGCUCACCGAUGGCCCUGAGGAUGGCGUCCGGUUGCUGGUGGUACUACUUCUCCAAGUUUACCGAGUUCUUCGAUACGAUUUUCUUCGUGAUGCGCAAACGGUACGAUCAGGUGUCGACCCUGCACGUCAUCCAUCACGGCAUCAUGCCGGCGUCGGUCUGGUGGGGAGUUAAGUUUACGCCAGGUGGACACAGUUCUUUCUUCGGUCUGCUAAACACCUUCGUGCACAUCAUCAUGUACACCUACUACAUGUUGGCCGCGAUGGGACCGAAAGUACAGAAGUACCUCUGGUGGAAGAAAUACCUGACCGUGCUGCAGAUGGUUCAGUUCAUCUUGGUGAUGGGACACGCUUUCCAGCUGCUGAUCUGGAACGAGUGCAACUAUCCGAUCGCGUUCGCUUACUUCAUCGGUGCCCACGCCGUCAUGUUCUACUUCCUGUUCUCGAACUUCUACAAGCAGGCGUACACCGUGCGAAAACAGGCAAAGAAGGAAAAGGCUGAACAGAUGGCACUCACCAACGGUAACCUUGAGUCGGUGCCGAACAAGAACAUCUCGAAUGGACACGCGGUCCCGCACACCGCAAGCAACGGCAAGCCGGACUUUUAUCAGACCCUCGACAAAACGAUGGAGGACAGCUACUCGACCACGCGGCACCGUGCGUUCGUCGGGUUCGGUAGUAAUUAGAUGCACACGACGGGAACGACGGUGCUAAGCGUAGAAACAAAAACGAAUGGAAGAAACAAAAGAAGACCGGUGCCUUUUUACUGUGAUCGGUUAUGAGCGCUCCAGCAUCCACAUGGCAUCGCUGCUCUGCGCACGCAUGGAAGAUGUCCGCAAAAACAGGAGCCAUGAUACCCCUGCAUCCCGCUAAAACCCUCCUUCCUUCCUUCGCCAGUUAAAUCCCCCUCCUGGAGCUUAACGCUGAUUGCUUCCCGCACGCUGCCAGUGAUGAUUGUCUUAUUUUGAAGAGAGAUGGGUUAUGAAAUAGAUUCAACAUGCUUUAUUUUUCAACCCGAUCAACCACUAGCCCUCCCCUCCCCUCCACUCUCUCCACUCAAACCACCCCAUUUUUGGACGGAUGUUUCUACACUUUUACUCGGGUCAGCGGAUUGGUGUGAACAUUUUCACAAUUCCACCGUUUGACCGUGUGGAGCUAGCAGGAAAACGGAAACCGUUAGGAUAUUAGCUCAACGUCGGUAGGUCGAUAGGUGAUAAGCGCAAGAGCGUAGUGUAGCGAUAAAUAGCGUUGUAAGUCAAUUAGACGAUAUCACACCAGCAUCGUUUCGGUGGAUGUUCAAAGAUUUCUUGUACUGUACGAUAAGGACACAUCUAUUGAGGCUCGUUCACUCUCAUGCACAUGCCGCAGCAGGUUCCACCACCUCGGUAGCGGUGGAUGGUCUAAAAUACACGCAACUAGGCUCUUUUCUUCUACUUUUUAUAGCCUAAUAUCUCUAUCUCUCGUAAUCUUUGCCUUAGUCUACUGUAAAUUAUUAAGUGAUUGCAAACACUACAGGAUCGUGCUUAAUCGAAUUUGUUGCCAGAGGUACGGUGAAAUGAAGCGGAUGGUCUCGAUAGCCGAAACAGACAUCAUUUCUUUCCUUAGUAUGUAACAAAUCGUUAAGUAAUCAGCGAUAAUUGAAGCGCAAUGCGAUUCGUUAUGCUCUUGCAAAACUGGUAUUGGUAAAAUCGACAAAAAACUGGUACUGUACAAUAUUGAUAAUAAAAAAAAGUCAUAAAAUUCAA